AUGUUGUGGUCUUAUCAGUUGCAGCGGCACAAGGACUACACGUGCUACAAUCAGUUGAGCCGUUCUGAGCACGAGCUGGCCUGGCUCCUGCACGACCUGCCCAAGUGCAACCUGUUUCACAUGUGUGCCUUGGCCACGCUGCUGGACAAGCUGUAUGAUCUUGGCCUGGUGCUUACGCACAGCUUGCUCUGCGACGUUGUCAGGGCCUCGUCCUUCAGCUACUGCCACCUGCCCACUGUGCUCCUUAAGCUGCGAAUGGAGCAGCCUCUUCAGGCUGCCCUGGCCUUCCACGUGCCAUUAGUCACUGACCCCACCUUCCUUGUCACAUGCAGCAUGGAGGACUUGGCCACCUGGGUUGACUCGUCCAAGAUCAAACAAUGA